CAUUGGCAAGAUGCGGUAAACGUCAUGUAUACUUUGCUCAUCGUUGCCGUCUUACGCAGCGCCACCAUAUCACUUGUCUUUACAUAUGUAUGCUCCGUGCGUUCACAUAUGCUCCCCACUUAUAGAAAACACCAAACACGCCUCUUUCAAUUCUCUGGGCUGUAAUGCCAGUCGCAAUAGUAUAGGAAAUUGAUGACAUGAUUUGGCAAUCCUUAAAAACUAUAUCAGUAUACUAUACAUUCCUUUCUUGUCUGUAAUUAGCAAGAGAAAAAUAAAAGCCGGGAAUUAGAUAUAUUGUGCCCGAUACAUUGCCAUCCAAAAUCAGGCAGCAACUUUCCUGCGUUCCGCCCUCUUGAAACACAUACCCAGAUGGGGCGACUCUGGAAGGAUUUCCUGAGACCGGUAAAGACCCCAUCGUACCGAUGAGCUCAUAAGCGGCAUAUAAUUUGUAGCAGAAACCCAUUGCAUUGCGCCCAUCCAGAUGUGGACCCAUUCCGGAUCUACGUAGACAAGCUGGCAUGUUCAUGGCUCAGUGUUAUUCCCCUUAGUGAAAACGAGCCUCAAUUAGACGUAAUUUAGCCCUAUGGAAACUUCUCUUUGGAUGGCUCCUCGUUAGCUUAUGUAACCGCUGAUUGCUCGGUUCCGUAUCCGCGAAUUGAACGUACAUCCUGCAUGUCAGACACGACGUAUUCAACACCUUGGUUUUUCGUGACAGUGGAUUUGCAAGCGUGGCCGCUUCGAUGGUAAUCCUAGUUGCUAUAUGUUGUCCCCAGAAUUCUGUAUUAUUCUCUAAAAUCAUUCAUAAAUGGGCUGCCAUGACAGGUGGGCAUUUUCAAGGCAAGUGAUGACCGUUUUCAAGGCGCAGGGCCGCGAUGAACAGACGUGGGCAGCAAACAACUCUGAUGGUUCCGGACCAUAGGGAUGCAUAAACACCACCACCGAAAGCUUUCGGGCUUAGAUCAAGGGCAGCAUUCCAUUCCCAGAGGCACAUAUCUGCGCUCCAAGCUUGCGCCAUGGCGGAAAAUUCUAGAAAUGGUGCUCCGCGCAAGGGUUGAGCAGUAUCUGAAGAGGAAAAUGGUGUCUUGAAACUUCGUCACUGGGUAUGAUAUUAAAUAGCCCCCGCACGUUAGAGACAUCCAAGAGAAUUGGCUUCGGUCGUAUAAGCGGAUAGUCGUCAUCUUAGUCAUUAACCCCAAUUUCGCAAGACCGGGCCAAGUGCCGAGCAAUGCAAGGCUGCUGAGAAACAAGCAGAUAUUAGGAGGUAUCAGACAUGAACCCCGUAUCCUCCCGCGCUUAGCUUUGUAUGAGUUUAUCAUCCCUCGCUUUACUGUUCUUGUAUUGUCGUGUUUCAAGUUCUCUACUACAGCCAUUACUACCCAUGGAUUGCUCUGGGGAAGAGACCACAUCCUUCUCAGUAUAUCCAUGGGCAACUGGCUUUUCUUAUAAGCCGCUGAUACACCAACUUUUGGACUUGUGUAAGGUACUUGGAUACAUCAUACUGAGGUGUAGGAGAUUCGAUAAUAGUAAUAAGUGCGAGCAAGAAACCAGGUUUUCUUACGUUGUAGAUAUGUUCGCGGGUGUAUGUAAUAUUCCCUCAAUACUGUAAGAGCUGUCUGGAUCGGAGUCCAUAGACUAGUCUUAUCCAGGCUUAGUGUCGCGUAGCUUAGUCAUCCCAUAGUGAAGGGCAUCGCCCCGCUCGAGAUAACAUUGAACGUGAGUUUCGACUUGUUUACCACUGACUCACUCGGAUAUAGUCUAUCUGACUGACGUGAAUAAUCUUUUAACAUUAUCCCAUGGAAUUAUUCUAAGCUGAUUGAAAUGACUUCACAACGAACUCACGUCACCCCUCGCAUCAUUAUCCAUGGAGGCGCAGGCAACAUCACGCGAAACACAAUCUCCAAAGAAAGGUACGACGCAUACCAGGCUUCACUCCGGCGCAUCCUCGCGGAAUCAGCCACGCUUCUCAAUCAGAAAGGGGCUACAGCUCUCGAUGUCGCCACCUAUGCUGUCUCAUUGCUCGAAGACGAUGAGCUGUACAAUUCGGGCAAAGGCGCCGUCUUCACGCGCAAAGGCAAGAAUGAAUUGGAAUGCAGCAUCAUGGUUUCUAACGGGUAUCGCAAGCGAGGGGUGGGGUGUAUGAUGCUGCAACGCGCGCGGAAUCCGAUCAAGCUAGCAAGAGAAUUGCUAAUUCGUGGGGAAAUGGAGGGAGGGGACGGCUCGGGGGAUCAUUGUCAGUAUAGCGGGGCGUUUGCGGAAAGGCUGGCGGAGCAAUGGGGGCUGGAGCUGGUCGAUCCGAGUUACUUCUUCACGCAGCAGAGAUGGGAUGAGCAUAGAAGAGGGUUGAAAGAGAAGGAGGGAAUUAGUGGGGAGAUGAGCGAUUGGGAGAAGUCAAAUUACAUCCCUCUGGGGACAUGCGGUGCAGUUGUGCUGGAUUCCUUUGGGACGGUAUGCGCGGCGACUUCUACGGGAGGUUUGACGAACAAGAUACCCGGUCGCAUCGGGGAUACACCGACCCUAGGGACUGGGUUCUGGGCAGGAGAGUGGCACGAAGAGAUAAAAAGGCCUUCGUUUCCUAGGGUUCAGAUGCGAUACCAGCCAAAUGUCUCGCCGCUUGACAAGCUGUCACGGGGGUAUAUCGGUAGCUUAAUGGGCGACUGUUUCUCCACCGUGGAAGCGCCGGGCAUAGAGCAAGAGGCACCACACAGGGAAAAACAUGAGGUAGUCUGCGGCAGACGCGCGAUAGGUGUGUCUGGUACGGGCAAUGGGGACAGUUUCCUUCGACUUUCAGCUUCCAACACAACAGCCAACAAGAGUCGUUUCUCGCAGAUGUGCUUGGCGAAAGCGAUAAGCUGGAUGGCAGGCCCCGAUGGGGAGUUGCAAAAGUCAGCUGGGGACAGAUGGGGGCGCACGCAUGAAGGGACGGGGGGAAUGAUCGGAAUUGAGCUGGUAGGGGAGGGCAAAGGGGAAGUGGUAUUUGAUUUCAACUGUGACGGCAUGUUCCGAGCGUGGAUCGAUGAAGGCGGGGAACAGAAAUGCAUGAUUUUUCGAGAGGAGGAAUAUUGA